UAAAUAAAUAAAUAAAUAAACAUUACAAUCUAUUUCUUUUUCUUUUUUUAAUUAUUUUUAUUAUAAAACUAUGCUCUCUAUACGUGCCCGCCUUUCAACCUUUAAACGUUCCUUUGUAACAGUUGCUGCUAAACAGCCUCAUAUUGAUCAAAAGUUUAAGGUUGUUGUAGUUGGUGGUGGGCCUGGUGGCCUUUCAGUUUCAUCCACAGUUUCAAAGUUAUUGGGGGAAAAUCAAGUAGCCGUUAUUGAGCCUUCUGGCAAACACUAUUAUCAACCCUUAUGGACAUAUGUUGGUAGUGGAUUAAAAAACUUCAAUGAAUCUGUUAAACCUAUGGCUGAAGUGAUGCCAAGUGAAGCAGAAUGGAUUCAAGAUAAAGUUACAGAAUUCGACCCUGAUAAUAACAUUGUGAAGUUAUCAAAUGGACAAAUUGUAGGAUAUGAUUAUUUAGUAGUAGCAGCAGGUAUACAAAUCAAUUGGGACAAUGUAAAAGGUUUAAGAGCUGCGUUAGGUAAAGACGGUGUAACUUCAAAUUAUGAUCCUAAAAGUGUGCAAAAGACCUAUGAGUUUCUUCAAAACUUUAAAGGUGGAAAUGCUCUAUUCACUUUCCCUAAUAGUCCUAUUAAAUGUCCUGGAGCCCCUACUAAAAUCACUUUUUUGGCUGAAGAAAUCUUUCGUCUUAAUAACGUCCGUGAUAAAACGAAUGUCAUCUAUAAUACAUCGGGAGCAAAAAUUUUUGGUGUUGAUCAUUAUGGACGUAUCCUUCAAAAAUUAGCUGAUGAACGUAAUAUCAACGUUAAUUUUCAGCAUGAAUUGAUUGAAAUUGAUGGUGAUAAUCAUCAAGCUGUGUUUAGAAACAAUGCGAAUCAAGAAGUAAAGACAUUUGAAUAUGAUUUUAUUCAUGUCGCACCUCCUCAGGGACCACCUAAGUUUAUCAAAGAAUCUAAAUUGGCUGAUGCAGUAGGUUGGGUCGAUGUAAACAAAGAUACACUUCGCCAUAACAAAUAUAAGAAUGUAUUUGCUUUAGGUGAUUGUUCUUCUCUUCCUACUUCUAAGACUGCUGCAGCCAUUACAUGUGAAUCUGGUGUAUUAAAAAAGAAUUUAAUUGCUGAUCUUCAAGGUAAGAAGGUUGAGGAAGAAGCAAGUUAUGAUGGAUAUACGAGUUGUCCCUUGAUUGUGGGCCGUAAUCAGCUUAUUCUAGCAGAAUUCUCUGGUUAUACUGGUAAGCCAUUGGAAACUUUUCCAGUCGAUCAACGCAAGAUUAGUAAAGCUGCUCAAUUCUUGAAUAAAGAAGUAAUUCCUGCCCUUUAUUGGAAUGGUUUGUUAAAGGGAACUUGGACUGGUCCAACUGGUAUUCGUAAUUUACUCCAUCCUAUUCGUCCUAAAUAUGAUUAAAGACAAAAAAAAAAAAAAAAAAAAAAA